CAGGUGGAGGAGGGCACGGGGGAUGCAGAGGCAGGUGCACGGCAGCCAGAUUCCCUCCCGGAGGAGCCCCAAAGGGUGAGUGGGGCCCUGGGGGGUGCAAAGCAGCUGGGGGAAACCCCAAAAAUAAGCGUUGACCCAGUCAUUGGUUCUGAGCACCUGUGGGAGUCGCUGGGAGGGCAGAGCCUCCUCUAAAGCUCUGUGCCUGCGUCAUCCACUCCUCCAGAUGGGUUUCAAGGAGGGCUCGAUGCUGCCCUGCCGCGAUUUGUAGCUGUGUGCUGUAGGUCCUUCCUCCUGAGUGGCCUGAUGGUGGUGUGGAGAGGCUGGUCCCAUAAAUAACCCGAGUGUCCUGACCUUAUCUGAAAGCAAUCGGGGGAAAGGCAUGUCUUCUGCUCUGGUGAGGCUAAGCAUGGAUGCUCCCCUCCCCGGGAUGUGGGUCAGGGAUCUGAGGCACUACUGGGGAGAUGCUUCCCUUCCCUUCUGACUUGUUUCACCCCACAAGAGGCUGCCGCUGAGAUGGGGGUUUUUUCCUAGGUGCUGCAGGACACAGGGAGGGAUGCAAGCUGGGAUUCUGAGCUCGGGCAGCCUGCAGAUGGAGGGGAAUCUCUGACAAGGUGAAAAACCCCAUUUGCAGGUGGCCUGCCUGAACACAAGCUUCACUGCUCAGUUUAUCUUCUCAGUUCUCACUUAGCAUCUCUAAUAUCCCAGGGAGUGUGUAACAGGUACACACAGUAUGGCAGGUACCUGCAAGGUGUCUGAAAACAGACAGAUUGGAUAUGGCUCAGUCCCAUGGAGGAGCUGAAAUUUGCAGCUGGUAUUAUUCCCGGUGUCUCCUUGCUGCCUUUGUUUUGGAAGCAAAUGGCUCUCUAACUGCAUUGAAAAGCCUGACUACCUUGCAUGGCCGGGAUCUAAUUACCUGUGGAGCUGGGAGCCCUGUCUCCGAGCGGCACCGAGGCUUUUGCUUUUAAUGACUUGCUCUGCCAUGUUCAGAGUGUGACAAUGUCAGGGAGGCUGCCAGGACUGGCUGUUGAUGCCACCGUGCUCACACCGCGAUGGCUGGGAAAGUUGAUAGGAGAUGGGAUGUCUUGGGCCAAGCAUUUAUGGCACAGCACUAGGUUGAAAACAGAUUAAAUGGAUCUAGUGAAGAGCACAGCUCUCUGCCAUGUCUUGGGGACUAAGCUGGAUUAUAGAAAAGUGACUAGAAAAAACACAGCUAGAAAGAGCUUCCAUCCUGCUCUGUUGUGAUGCUCUGGCAGAGGCAAAGCGUGGCCAGUCAUUUAGCCCCAGCCAGCAGCAGGGCAGGCUCCAGAAAGAGUGAGGAGUGAUUGGGGAACGGGGCACAGCCGGACUCAUCUCCCUCCCCGUGCCACCAGCUAUCUCCGUCGUCUUGUUAAUGUUUACAAGGCAGGUCCGGCAGCAUCCAAGUCUGUCCAAAGACCAGAUCCCGCCCCGGCUUUCCCGGGAUCCUUUUUCCUGCUGGCCAGGGUCCGCAGGACGGUGGCAGGGAGAAAGAACACGGUUCCCUGCUGCUGUCACUCCAGCAUCCCCAAAGGGCACUUACCUCGCUCCUGCCUUCCUGCACCACUCCCCUUCCUUCUCCCUCCUGCAGAUGAGUAAUGCCACACAUGCUGUGCCCUCUCCCGUGGCACCUGGCACGCCGGAGCCUGGCACAGCAGCCAGGCUGGCCUCAGCCCCCCCAUUCUCAGCUGUUGCCCUGCUCACGGCUGCCCACAACAACUCUGAGGAUGGCCAGCAGCUUUUCCUGACCACGACAGCGGCACAGGUCAUCUCUGGCAUCUUCGUGUGGUCAGCACUCAUUGUCACCUUUCACCAGAUCUACACACACCUCAAGAAUUACACCAUCCCCAAGGAGCAGCGCUACAUCAUUCGCAUUCUCUUCAUUGUGCCUGUCUAUGCCUUCGACUCCUGGCUCAGCCUCCUCCUCCUCGGCAGCCACCAGUACUACGUCUACUUCGACUCGGUGCGUGACUGCUAUGAAGCUUUUGUGAUUUACAGCUUCCUGAGCCUGUGCUUCGAGUAUCUUGGAGGGGAGAGCACCAUCAUGACAGAGAUCCGAGGGAAGCCCAUUGCGUCCAGCUGCUUUUACGGGACCUGCUGCCUUCAGGGUAUGUCCUAUUCCAUCGGGUUCCUGCGCUUCUGCAAGCAGGCCACACUGCAGUUCUGCAUUGUGAAACCCCUCAUGGCAAUUGUCACCAUCAUCCUGCAGGCGUUCGGGAAGUACCACGAUGGAGACUUCAAUGUCCACAGUGGAUAUCUCUACAUCACUAUCAUCUACAACUUCUCUGUCAGCCUGGCCCUUUACGCCCUUUUCCUCUUCUACUUUGCCACCAUGGACCUGCUUCGCCCAUUUGAGCCGGUGCUCAAGUUCAUCACCAUCAAGGCUGUCAUCUUCCUCUCCUUCUGGCAAGGAACACUGCUGGCAAUCCUGGAGAAAUGUGGGGUGAUCCCUGAAGUUCAGAUCAUCGAUGGGAAAGAGGUGGGAGCUGGGACAGUGGCUGCUGGCUACCAGAACUUCAUCAUCUGCAUUGAAAUGUUCUUCGCUUCCAUUGCCCUGCGCUACGCAUUCACCUGCCAGGUGUACAGGGAGAAGAAGGAAAACUCAACAGCAAACCUUGCCCCAAUGCAGAGCAUCUCAAGUGGGCUGAAGGAGACCAUCAGCCCCCAGGACAUCGUGCAGGAUGCCAUCCACAACUUCUCCCCCACGUACCAGCACUACACCCAGCAGUCGAUGCAGGAGGCAGAGCGCAAAGCGCCAGGGGAGAAUGGGCACGUGGCCUCCAAGAUAGAUGGACAGAGCAGCAGGAAGAGCAAAAACAUUGAAAAGAGAAUGCUAAUCCUGUCAGAUGAGGAGCUGUAGGAGGUAUCAAAAGAGACACUGACACUGAAGAGGUUUUAACCCAUGCAAAGGGGAGGUGUCUUGAGGCUGAGACAGCCUGGGCUAAUCAGAGUACUGAGAAGCCAGGAACUCUAUCCAAAAAGCCAGUCUCUCAAAGGGAAGAUGCAAUAACCCAGAAAAGGUUAAGUCAAAUAGUGCCAGCUUCUGUUGUCAUGGAUGGAGCUGUGUUGGACUCUGUGUUGCAGCCUGGCCUUUGCUGCCCCACUGCUGCUGUCUCUCUGCCA